AUGGCCUCCUUCUUCACGGCUGCCCUGAAGAGCUUCCAGGGGGGCAAAGAGGAGCUGCCCAAGGGCCCCCUGAGGGACGACAAGGCGGCCGCGCUGCCCAACGGGAUGGCCCGCGAGGAGUUUGAGGAGUACCAGCGGCAGCUGCUGGAGGAGAAGAUCGAGCGGGACAAGGCGUUUGCGCAGAGGAAGGCAGAGCGGGCCACUGUGCGGAUGCACCUGCGGGACAAGUACCACCUGACCCAGGUGUGGAGCUGCGCAAAUGAGAAGCGGGUGAGUGAGAGCGGGAUGGCAGUGGGGCACCCCGUCCCCCCCGUGUCCCCUGACCCAGAACACACCCCAACACUCACACAGUGA